AUGAAGGUGGUGGUUGACGGGGGACGGAGAGCGGGCGGAGAGGAGGAGAGGAGAGGCCAGCGGCGGCACCGGAGCCGCCAGCGCAUUGUGUGUCCCGAUGGAGGCGCGACACCGCAAGAGGCUGACGAUUAUCCCUUAAGAUCCCCUCCCCUCACCCCCAUGGAAUUUGCCUCGGACGUAGGAGUCCGUCACGCGGUCGUUCUCUCCAACCUCGAGAUCCGUCAUCUGGUCGACUUUUCGCCGGCCACAGCCUCCAUCGCUCGGGAAAUCCGCCUCUGCGUGAUCGCCAUUGUGGUUGGGUGGACCACCUCGCGCGUUGUCUCCGCGUUGUUGAACCGGCGAUCCUCCGACCAGCAGUAA